CGACUCCUGGAUGCGCCGGAAGCCGCGCGCCUGUCGCACAGCCGAUGACGCGCCACGUUCCUCCUGUACGUGACGCUAGCCGCCCCUUUGUUGGCUCAGCGACGGGCGCUGCGCGGUGUCUCCCGGAGACCGGAACCGGGGGCGGGGGGGGAGCUGUCCGGGAGCCAGGAAGCCAGGACUGACCGACGGCAAUCCCUGAGACGGACUGUGUGCGCGGCGGCAGGAGGGGAGCGGCCACCAUUCACCCCCGGGAGUGCGCAGUGACCGGAGCGCGCACAGGGGAGGGGCGGGGACUAUCCAGGGGGGCCACAGGCCUCACAGCCCCGGAGAUACCGAGAGAGGGGGAGAGACAGGCCUCACAGGGCCCAAGGCACCCAGCAAGGCACCCAGCAAGCCACUCAGCAAGGCACUCAAAGUACAGACUGCAGCCCAUAGAGCAGGCACUCAGUAUACAGACUGCAGCCCAUAGAGCAGGCACUCAGUAUACAGACUGCAGCCCAUAGAGCAGGCACUCAGUGUACAGACUGCAGCCCAUAGACCACCCACUCAGUGUACAGACUGCAGCCCAUAGACCACCCACUCAGUGUACAGACUGCAGCCCAUAGACCACCCACUCAGUGUACAGACUGCAGCCCAUAGACCACCCACUCAGUGUACAGACUGCAGCCCAUAGACCACCCACUCAGUGUACAGACUGCAGCCCAUAGACCACCCCAGUCACUCAGUAUACAGACUGAAGCCCAUAGAGCAGGCACUCAGUAUACAGACUGCAGCCCAUAGAGCAGGCACUCAGUAUACAGACUGCAGCCCAUAGAGCAGGCACUCAGUGUACAGACUGCAGCCCAUAGACCACCCCAGUCACUCAGUGUACAGACUGCAGCCCAUAGACCACCCAGCAGGCACUCAGUAUACAGACUGCAGCCCAUAGACCAGCCUUGUAUCAGGGAUCACAGAGAGCAGGGUCCACCCCAGCCUGGUGUUAGGGAUCACAGAGAGCAGGUCCCCCCAGACUAUUAGGGAGCCCCAGCCUGGUAUUAAGGAUCCAUGGUGCUAUUCACCCUGUGACAUACAUUGAAUUUUGUAUUAGUAGGUGGGAGUGUGCAUCAAGUAUUUUGUAUCUUUCCACUCCAUUGUUAUAAGAUUUCAUUUACUGACCACCCCCCCUUUCCAUUCCUGUCUAUAUGGAGACAUGUGGAAAGGAUAUUUACACGUAUUUAUUGAGGUUGGCAAGUUCUAGCAAUUCUAAUCAUUAUAUGACAUAAAUCUGCUCACUACUGGGUAGUUGUUUUUUUUUCUCGAUAUCACGAUAAAGGUAAAAAAACAAAAAACAAAAACACCAUUCCAUUGAUAAAGGAAAUCUUAGAACCAUUUACAGGGUAAAAAAAAACAAAGAAGCAAAAAAGAAAUCUUCCUUAGGCCUUUCUUUAUAUGUAUUAUUGCUCCGCUCUAGAUACUGAAACUGAAAAAAAUAAUACUUUUACAGAUUCCGUGUGAUAUAGGAAUUUUUGAGGUGACCUUAACAAAAGUAGGUGACCUUUUUCAACUGAUGGUCAGUUUGAUACUAACUGGAGCAGUGUGAUCAGACCUAAAUCAAGAAAGUUAACUCUUGUGUGUGGGAGGCAAGAAAGUUCAUUAUUGUUAGAAUUUGAGAUUACAUCUGUGUUCUAUUGCUUCAUAGUAUUCAUUUUUAUGAUUCGUGACCAUAGCCAUUUGAGAGCUAUCCUAUAAGUUAGUUUCAGGAGUUGGUUCACAGCAAUUUCUGUUUACCCUUAUCUGGGAUCAUGGACUCAGAUGAGGGAUACAACUAUGAGUUUGAUGAUGAGGAGUGUAGUGAGGACAGUGCAGCUGACGAACAUGAUGAUGAGUUGGAACUGGGAGAAGUAGAACUGGUGGAAGCUGGGCUUGGUGGAUCAGAGCGAGCCGGGCUUUGUGGGGAAGGAGGGGGGAGUGCCCUUGGGCCAGGCCCUGGUGGAGAUGAAGAUGAGGAUUACCGUUAUGAAGUCCUCACUGCUGAACAGAUACUUCAACAUAUGGUGGAAUGCAUCCGGGAAGUGAAUGAAGUCAUCCAGGUAUGUACUCAACUUGACCUUGAAUUUUGUGCAAAAUAUAUAUUUUUAAAAAUAUAUAUGUAUGUAUAUGUAUGAAAUUGCAAAUACACAUGUAUUGGGUAUAAUGGUCUGCCACUGCACUUUGUUCUGUCCUCAACAUAUAGUUGGGUGGUUCUGUAGAACUGAAUACAGUGAUACUGGUUUAAUAGAAAAAUGUUCAUGUAAUCUAGCAGGACUCAAAAUUUCCACACGCCACUAGUGAUUGGUGAAAUUAAAAUUUUACCCUGGUGAGUAGAAAGCCACUCUUGGUGAGUGUGCCAUGGACUCUUCUGGUUUGCAUUGGCAAGGGGACUUAAUCGGAUCUGAUUGUGCAGUUAUGCUUCCAAAUAAAUUUAAUGAUGAUACAGUUUGAAAAUAUUUAAAGGACAACUGUUACCUCAAAUUUCUUUAAUAUCCUUUCAUCAAAACUUUUUCAAAACUCAUUCUUACCUUAAGUAUAUGACCGGUUCCUUUAGCUAUAUAUAGACACUGUCAGACACAAGUGCUUGAAAACCAAGUCUCCAUGGUUUUCCCUGCUUCUGUGCAGGGAGUGAAGCAAAGAAGACCUCAGAGACUGUUGGUAUAUGUGUGUGUGUGUGUAUAUGUAUGUAUAUGUAUGUGUAUAUAUAUAUAUAUAUAUAUAUAUAUAUAUAUAUAUAUAUAUAUAUAUAUAUUAUACUUCAUUAAAAAAAAAAACUAUUUCCUUCAAAACUUGAUUAAUGUAUUAUUGUAUUAAAACAUUGUUUUGAGGUAACAGUUGUCCUUUGACAUGUUUUAUGGGUAUUUGCCUAAGAUUUAAAGAUUUGUACGUUUUCUAAUAUGCUAUUUGCUUGUAUAAGUUAAUUUGUGAAUUUCUGUAAAAUAUGAUAAGAGUAUAGUUUUGAAAGAGCCUUAGUUGGAUAUCUUUUAUCAGUCGGCAGCAGCAAGUAGCUGGGUGGUGCACUCAGAUGGCUGCUUGUCCAUUGACCAUUUAACAUUAUAAUUGUCACAUGCUUUUAAAGCCUUCUUACCCUCUUUCAAAUACUUUUUUUUAUACUCUUUGCGAACUGUGUGUGCAUUUUUUUUAUCCUAACAUAUACAGAUGAAAAAACAAAAGUGGUUGCCUCUACAGUGGUGUAGAAUGUUUGGUAGAUAAAUGGGGUAGCCUGACUUGAAUAAUUUUGAUGCAGUCUAGACUAAACAGACAGCAUUUUGAUAAAGCUAAAAUUAAUUUUUCUAUGUUAGUGUAAGACAGUGGUAACAUUUGCAAUACAUAUGAGGGAAGUAGAUGGUUUUUUAAAAUAGCAUAGCAAUAAGUCCACAAUCCAUUUGCCAAACAAAUUUUAUAUCUACUAAAUGAAUAAACUGGUUACUCCAACCACCAUGGCCACUUUUGGUUUUAGAAGUACCGUAAUCAAGGUGGUUGAAGUCUGUAUGUGCAGUGUUUCUGCUUGAAAAGCUACAUACUAAGAUAUUUGCACUUUGUUGCUGUGGGAUAGUUGUUCACGUGACUUAAAGGGACACUCCAGGCACCCAGACCACUUCUGCCCAUUUCAGUGGUCUGGGUGCCAACUCCCAUCACCCUUAACCCUGCAAGUGUAAUUAUUUUAUGCAGAUUUUAUAAACUGCAACAAUUACCUUGCAGGGUUUAGUCUUCCUCUAGUGGCUGUCUAUCAGACAGCCACUAGAGGGACUUCCGGGUUCUCAAAACAUGAAAAGUGUUUUAAACUACGCUGGACGUCCUCAAGCUAUGCAUGAGGACCUCCAGCAUCGCCAAAAUUCCCAUAGGAAAGCAUUGCAUGGGUAUUUCCUCGCAUGCGCAUUAGGUCUUACCCCGCCGGCUGACGUCGGCGUGGGAGGAGCGUGGGCGAAGCCAGACCCAGCUCCCAGGGACAUCGGUGCUGGAUUCAGUUAAGUCACUGAAGGGGUUUUAACCCCUUCAGCAACAUGGGAUGGUGGGUGGGAGGGAGAGGGCCACUGCAGGAACCUGCAGUGCCAGGAAAACAGAUAUGUUUAAGCAGCCUGGAACUGUGUUUGGGCUGCCCAAUAUCAAAUCUGUGCAAAUAUUACAUCUGCUGGCAGUGCACGCUUCACAACAGAUGUUCUCAGCUUGUGUGUCCCCUCUCUAUAAUCUUAAAGGGACACUGGAGGCACCCAGACCACUACUUCAUUCUUAACCCUAGAGUGGUAAUUAUUGCAGUUUUUAUUAAAAGGAUUCUCAAGUACCAGGAAAACAAAACAGUUUCCCUGGCACUAGAGAAUCCUGGAGUGCCUCCUCCCUCCAACCCCCUAUCCCAUGUCACUAAAGGGGUUAAAACCCCUUCAGCUACGUACUUGAAUCCAGCGCUGAUGUCCCCCAGUGCUGGGUCAGACUCCGCCCAUGCUCCUCCCCUUAUUCAAUGCUUUCCUAUGGGGAAAAUCUGACGCUGGAGGUCUGUGAGGACGUCCAGCAUCAGAUAACGGACCAAAAGUCCGUUAUGUAUCCAGAAGCGCCCCCAGUGGCUGUCUGAUAGACAGCCACAGAGGGCAGAUAUAGAGCUGCAAUGUAAACAUUGCAGUUCUCCUCCUCUAGUGGCUGACUACAACUAGAGGGACUUCCUGGCUUGGAGGCCACUUUUGGUCGCCUAAAUGACGCUGGACAUCCUUACGCUAUGCAUGAGGACUUACAGCGUCACUGUAAUUCCCGUAGGAAAGCAUUAUAUAAUGCUUUCCUAUGGUUAAAUCCGAAUACGAGCAAGGCCAUUAGGUUUCCCCUGUCGGCUCACAUUUGCACGUGAGGAGCGUGGGCAGAGCUGUGCCAGUGCCGAGAGACAUUGGAGCUGGAGAGAAGGGGGUAUUAGAAAGGUACAAACAAAUGCAUCUGAUUGGACCACAAGUGGGCAGGAGUGACUUAGACGGACGUUUGUUAACCAGCAUGCUAAGCUUUUCCUGGCGUUGGAUUCCAGGUAAGUAAUUUUUUUUCUUUGCAAGUUUAUAAGGUGGGGUGGAUAGUUAAUAAUACUGUUUUGGCUUUGUAAACAAAAUAAAAAAAUUUAUGCUAAUGUUGACAAGACCAAUAAUUCUACUUCAAAAGUACUUUAUCUUGAGUAAAAGAGUAGUUUCUUAAUGUCACUUCUAUUUGCAUCAAUUUAUUAUUUUAAUAACACACUUGCACUAUUGUUUAAUAUUAUCAGACCUAUUCCCAUGUUUUCUCUGUGUCUAGUCCAGCAUUUUCCAAAAAAAAAAAAAAGAAACACUUUUAAACACUCAUUCAUGAACAUUCCCCAGCACAGCUAAUUUGUUUGCGUUUGUUGAUUUAUUAAACAUGGAGAAAAUGUUUCUUUUUGUUUGUGUCAUUUCUCCAAAUACACCCAAGAUUUUGAAAUCAUCAUUGACUGCUGAUUCAGCCACGGUUUUGUAUCCUCUUCAUGGUGAUACUCGUUCAGAUGUUCACAAAAUAAGGCCUAUGUCACCAAACUGUUAAAGGGAUCUGGUCAUGCAAAGCACGUGUCAGAGUGCCUUUUAAAACUUCACUUCAUAUUCAGAUAGUGCUAGUCAAACAGCUAGAAUAUUUAUUGAUGAGCACUUAUUUAGAAUUUUUUUAUUUUUUUUUACAAUUUCUACUUCCUGCUCAGACAACAACCCGCUAAUCACCAUGAAGUCGCAUAUGAUCAUGCACUAGACUUGGCAUCAUUUGCUUUCAGUCCCAUAUGCAACGCAUUCUAAGAGGCUUAAAACAUGAUGCCACAAUUGGCACAUUGAAAAUCCAUGUGGCUAACUGUGUGAUCAGAGCAGGAUUAGAAGAGGCUAUAAAAUGUAUUUCUUAAUAUAUUUCCGUAAAUUUAUUUGCUAGCAGUUUGUCUUGCACAAUGUUUGGAUUAAAUUAUUAAUAAAUUAAAAUGAAAUUGUCUCUCUUGCUGCUUGGUACAUUGGCCAAUCUCCUUAUGUGUGUGACGCACUGGCUAAUCACUGUGCCCUAUCUCCAUGUCAGGAAUUUUGCUCAUCCUGUUUCCCCGCUUAAUCAGCUUUUGUACAGCAGGCUUCAAUACAUCUAGGACAGUUGCAACAUUUGAGAGCUAGUGUUUUAUGAAUACUAUGAGCCUUUCUAGUUUUUUCACUGAAGAGCCAAAGCUUAGGUCAGGAAAAUUGUGCUAUUCAUCCCUCUUCCCCUGUGUGUUGCAGAGAAAUAUAAUUUCCUAAAUAACUAACUCGUCUACAGAACUAUAUUUUAAAUUAAUAAUUAGAGCACUUUUCUUCUAAAUCCAAACCAUUCCUGUGGUUUGUCUCCACUUUCACAGUUUUUUGAUAUCUCAUCUCACUCCAUACCUAAAAUAAAGUUCCAGCAUCGGUUGCCUGGGUGCUAAUUGCAUGUUUGACAUAUGAUCUAAUUUAAUUUGUAUAUUCAUUACAGGCCCUUGGUAGGUCUGUGGCAUCAUCUCAAACUGGACAGUAGUUUUUUUUUUUCACUAAACUGAUAAAGUAGGACAAUAUCCGGAAACCACCAUGGAGUGAAUUUGCGUGUAGGAAAUAAAUAUAUAUAUAUUUUAUUUAUUUUUUAUUUUAUUUAUUUUUUUAAGACAUUUGAUUGCCAUAGCUAAAAUGAGGAUAUGAAAAUGUGUCACAUGAUCAGUUGUCACUUAUUUGAUGGCACCCUGGGAGGACCACCAAUAGCAUUUUUUUCCAUAGAAAAAAAACAGAAUUGUAAAAGAAAGUUGAGAAGCUAGUUCCCUAUCUAAAGUGUGACUGUAUUUGGUUUUGUUUUAUUUAAACCAAAAUUAGUUAAAUCACCUAUCUGGGAACAAAAUGUACUUUUAAAGAUGCAUACCAUUCUGUCCUCUACCUUGGAGCCUCCGUGACUUACCCUGGCAGAUAGUCACAACUAUCUACAGCGAGUAACUUGUUUUGUAUACAUUUUUAUUGAGAACCAAACCUACAAAGUGAAUGAAGUUCACUAAAUUAGUGGAUCUUCACAUCAGUGGCUAAUCAACUCAAUAGCAUUCAAAGCACAUUGUGCAGUCUUUUACUCUAUAUUUUCAUUGUGUAGUAAAUGAAAAGGAAAAAUAAUUUAAUAUAAAAUUAAGCCAAAUAAUCAAAAGGGCUGAUGGCGUGUUAUAGGGAGUUAUGAGCGAUUUAAGAUAGUUUUUGCGUACUAAUUAAGAAUAAAAAUUCUAAAUGUAAACAGAGAAUUGUUGUAGAAAAGUGAAGUUAUAAUGUGUGGCGUGUUUUUAUGUCAUCAAAAUUUGGCAUUUAUAAACAUAUCUGAUAUAUCCAUAAAUGGCAUCAAAAUAAUAAAAUUGGAAAGUUUAAAGCACAAAUGUUGAAGAUGUCAGUUGACCACUCUUAAAGAAAUUCAGCCUAUCAAUAUAUUAUUACUUUUUGUAAAUGGGAGUAUUACAACCGGGUCAUACUAGGAUUCUAAAAAGAGUAGUUAAAAAAAACAAGGUCUGUAUCAGUGUAUAUUAUGUGUUUUUUUUUUUUUUCUCUGCAAGUAACAUUUAUAGAAAAAGAAAUUUUAAGUUGUGGGACAGGUUAGGGGUCUUCAUUUUCAGGCUGGCUAUGCUCAAGUGAAAUCAUAUUUUUGUGUGUAUAUUUUUUAUUUUUACAUUUAUUUCAUAUUUUCAAAGUCCGUUGAUGGUUAAAUCGCAGCUUGGUUUGCGAUGGCCCAAAGGUGCAGGGGGAAGUUGGUUUUACCUACCUGAAGCUAUCCUUGGUAGCCACCAACCUGUGCAUCUUGUGGAACCUUUUCAGCUCCUGGCUUUUUAUCUGCCAGGAGACCAAGUCAAUGAUGUACACUCGCGCAUGCACAAUAUUACAGCACUGGCAGUUAGAUCUGUUGAGUAUCUCUCUUGACCUAUAGGCCUUUUUCUGUUCUUAUGUGCAAAAGUACAAUAGUACAGAGGGCUCCUGGUGAAUGCUGGCCCAACAAGAAAGAUGGAGGCAUCUGCAGGGAAUAGCUUCUUCCCUGGGCUGCCUCAGACUAAGGGAUGAUGUCAUCAUUGGGGGGGCCUUUGCAUAAAAUGCAGACAUCCCCAAAAGUGACAGCCACAUUAACCCCUUAAGGACACAAGACAUGUGUGACAUGUCAUGAUUCCCUUUUAUUCCAGAAGUUUGGUCCUUAAGGGGUUAAAAUGCUAAUCCUAGGUCAAAGUGGCCAAACUGGAACAUUUCUAAAUUUUGCAGUACCAAUUCUCUGCAUUUCCUGGUUAGGUUAAUAUCCCCAACAGAACAGAGCUAGUCACAUGAGUAUGCACCUUAAACCUCCAGGAGGCACGCAGAAAGAUUCUCAGAAAUUUCUAAUCAUUGCGCACAUAAUAAAGUAUUUUCCUAAAGCAAAUAAUAAAUAUUUCUGAUCGUGAAAUCUUGCUCUCUGAAUCAAGAAAAUCACGAAGAAGAAAAAAAACCUCUAGAACUUGUGGUAUUUGUAGAACAGAUUUGUAUGAGUCACUUUUACAAGCAAAAAUUACAAAGCAAGCUAAAGAAUAGAGGCACAUUCAUGCGCCGGAGUCUACCACACCUCCCAGCAAACACAGAUCGUCACUUGCCAUAUUUAGUGAAUUCCUAACACAGGAGAACCAUAAUAUAAACCCAGAGUAGCUCUGGCCCUCUGGAUUAGUUUUCCCUUCCUGUACCUGAGAAAUGAGUGUUGGAUAUUCAGCCUCCGGCUGUGUCAGGUGUCUAAGUUGUGCACAUGGCGUCCUUGAAAUCGGAGAGGCUGCAGCAAGCAAAGAUGUCCACUGAACGUAUUAACCAUUCCACUGCCAAAUGUUUCAGCUUCAGCAGGCCGUAAAUGGCUGAAAUGUGUGCUGACCUCAUUUUCUUCCUAUGUAACCUUCCCAAAUCUAUAACAGAGGGGUCAGUCAGAAUUACCCCUUUAGCAGAGAACUGGUAAUGCGUUGCAGGCACCACAAUUUAAAAUACUUUGAAAAAGGAAAAAUGUCUUCACGGAAUCCAUGUGAUAUAGCCUUGUGUUUUGCGUUCUUUUUUAAUGGAUGCAUCUUAAUGACGCUUUAGUGCAUCUCCUGGCUUAAACUUGCUCACUGAUUUUUAGCUGUCCUUGGUCUGAAGCACCACUUAUUUGAUAAGAUUAUGCAGAAUUUAAAGGUCUUAGAUCACCACAGAGUGGGACCUUGGGAUGUCUGCUGCCUGCACAUGCCAGGAUUUGUGAAUCCGUGCUAUAUUACCUGCCCAGUUUGGGAUCAAAUAAACUGUAUUUCAGACCAAAGAUGGAUGCAGUUCUCCUUUAACAUGUUUUGGGUUGAAUAGAUAUUUUUAAUGAUAUUUCCUAGGAUUACCUUCCUAUUUCAUCUGUUGUGCUGUAAUUAAGCAAUUCAGGUUUAAAGAACAGUGUCUGGUAAGCUAUCAUGGUUUAUUCAAUAAAGUGUGAUUUGUUGGAAAUUCAGAUUGAAUCUCAAAUAUUAGGCCAAAAUUGGCAAAUUAGAGAAAUGAUCUAAUAUUUGUGUAGGUAGUUACCUCUAUUGCCAAUGAUUAGGUCCUAAUAGGGACGGGAACAAAUAAGAUUGUGGUUUUAGAUAUAGAAUCCAGUGGAUACAAUAAAAGUGUGUGUGUGUAAAUAAUACAAUUUUGGGCUCUGGAAACUAUCUAGGAUUACAGUAUAUGUUAAUUAAGUCUUAUCACGCAUUUGUAUGGUGUUAAUAUUUGCAGUGAGCACAUACAUUAUUAUUUAUAAAGCGCCAACACAUUCCGCAGUGCUGUACAUCAAUGUCAACCCAUGUGUUUAUAUAUGUCUAAUGUCAUGUAUGGGCGGUGGCUGGACACUGAUGCAUAGCAAUAUAGCAGUGACCUAGCAAGGCACUUUAUUAAGGCAUUUAUUGCAAAGACCAAUAAAUCUGUAUAUUGAUAUAUGUGCAACCUGGACCAGAGUUUAGAGCAUUUAUAUAGAUAGAUAUGUUUACAUAAACUUGUGCAUGUAUAAGAUUUGUUAUACAUGAAAACGUGUUUCUAGUGAUGCUGCUGUCAGUCUGUUGCAGUCACUGGCUUCAGUAAUAUAUAUGUUAAAGGGACACUAUAGUCACCUGAACAACUUUAGCUUAAUGAAGCAGUUUUGGUGUAUAGAACAUGCCCCUGCAGCCUCACUGCUCAAUCCUCUGCCAUUUAGGAGUUAAAUCCCUUUGUUUAUGAACCCUAGUCACACCUCCCUGCAUGUGACUUGCACAGCCUUCCAUAAACACUUCCUGUAAAGAGAGCCCUAUUUAGGCUUUCUUUAUUGCAAGUUCUGUUUAAUUAAGAUUUUCUUAUCCCCUGCUAUGUUAAUAGCUUGCUAGACCAUGCAAGAGCCUCCUGUAUGUGAUUAAAGUUCAAUUUAGAGAUUGAGAUACAAUUAUUUAAGGUAAAUUACAUCUGUUUGAAAGUGAAACCAUUUUUAUUUUUUAUUUUUUUAUUUUAUUUAUGCAGGCUCUGUCAAUCAUAGCCAGGAGAGGUGUGGUUAGGGCUGCAUAAACAGAAACAACGUGAUUUAACUCCUAAAUGACAGUGAAAUCGCAGGGGAAUGAUCUAUACACUAAAACUGCUUUAUUUAGCUAAAGUAAUUUAGGUGACUAUAGUGUUCCUUUAAUGAUAUGCUUAUUCACCUUGCAGAAAUCCCUGUUUUUUUUUUCUUUGUAAGGUACUCUUUUUAAUUGUUAAACUUUUAUUGUACUCUCUAACAGAAGUAUUUAUAACAUGUUUUUUUUAAACUCUUGUCUGUGUACAGAAUCCAGCUACUAUCACUAGAAUACUUCUGAGUCAUUUUAACUGGGACAAAGAGAAACUAAUGGAAAGGUAAGAACAUAGGGUCGUCAUCCUUCUCCUGUUUUAUUUUACAUCUGUAUAAGGUGAGAAAUUGACCUUUGCUAUCUGGUCAGAAAAGCAAAAACACCCAGGUUUUAUCAUACGUGAGGUCAGAACACAGAAUGUGCCAAGACUCUGUUUAGUUGUGCAGAUUACAAGCCUGCCUCACCAAAUGUUAACAGAUCUUAUGAACUGCAGUUUUAACAAGCACUCCCCUUUUUUCAGUCUCUUCACAGGGAAAAAACUUCUCAUUGAGACACCUUUAAAUUGUUGCUCGCGCGCACCUCUGAUCUGUGUGGGAGGAGGCAAGUAUGCUCUACUUGAGCGUGCCUGCCACUUCCGUUGGCUUAGGGGAGUUGACGGAAGUAGGCUGCCUACCUCUCUGGCUCAUUGUUUGACAACCAGUGGGGUGCUCCCUUGUUAAUUUCUAAAAGUGUUGAUUUCUCAUAGAAAUCAGUACUUUUAUAAAUUGGGGUUAAACUAGGAUACUCCUCACCCAUGAAGCACUUCACCAAGCUGAAGUGAUUUUGUGAUGUGGAGUGAUCCUUUUAGCUGCAAAUAACUCCUGUUUUAGAUACAAAAUAUGAGAAAUCAUUUACAAUGACUCAUGCUUAUAUAAAUGCUUAAGCCCUUUGUGUAAUUCAAAAUACUGCAAUCUUGGUUGGUCAUAACAAUGUCAUGUAAGGGCUGAAAGAUUUAAAGGGAACCAAUAGUCGCAAACAAACAAAACAAUAGUUAGUUCUGAAAUGUAGGCUCCCUCAGUCCGGCCUCCUUUUGCUUUUUAGAAAAACGUACAGGGUUAUUCACUGAAGUUAGAAUUGAUGGUAACUUCAAAUUCUAAAAAGCUGCAAUGUUUUGCAAAAUGAAAGGACCAAUGCACCCAGGCCACUUCAUGAUAUUGUUUGUAAAUUACUUGCUUCUAUGCAUCCACGUUGUAUAGUGCAGCGGAUAGUGUUGGUGCUGUAAAAUAAUGCCUAUAUUAUUAAAGGAACUUUCCAGUCAUUAUAACCACUAUAAUGGUCAGGGUCCUGGAGGGGCCCGCAGCACACUCUUUCUUACCUUCCCAGCAGCUCCCUUCAGCACCCCUGUGUAACUCUCACGAGUCCCGCGGCCUGUGUGACUGUGUGAGAGUUAUACAGGGGAGUUGCUGGGAAGGUAAGUAAGAGUGUUGCUGGGACUGCCGUGGGCCCCCCAGGGAAUGCCAUAUCCCCCCUCCCUGGCCAGGUAAGAAGCAGGGAGGGGGGACUAAAACAAAUUUAAAAAAAUUUAUAUUAUAAAAUAAAAAUGCCCCACCCCCAUUUUACUCACAUUAUAUACCUACACAUACACACACUACACAAACACACUGCAUUCACACUACACAAACACACUCUGCAUUCAUUAUACACUUACUGCAUUCACUAUAUACACACUACACACACACACUUUGCAUUCAUUAUAUACACACUACACAAACACACACCCUGUAUUCAUUAUAUAUACACUAUACACACACACCCUGUAUUCAUUAUAUAUACACUAUACACACACACACACUCACACUCAGAAUCGGUAAGUUAUCGGCUACACAUUUCUUUUGAACAUUUUUCCUGCAAAACCACAACUGUCUAGUUCGUUAAUUCUCAUAGAUUUAACAUUGCCCAAUAUUUCUACAGUACUAGUUGUUCACUAUAUAGUGGGCCCUGGUCUUUUUGGGCUGAGUUAAAAAGCGCUGUUCUAGUAGGUUUUCAGUGAAUUCGCGUUUGUAUGUCCAUAAUUCUUGAUCUAAAUAACUUUUUUCCGGUCUAAGCGAAUAACUUGUUGCAUGUCUUCACAGGUAUUUUGAUGGGAACUUGGAAAAACUUUUUUCAGAAUGUCACGUUAUUAACCCUAGUAAAAAGUCAAGAACGCGCCAAAUGAACACUCGUUCCUCUGCCCAAGACAUGCCCUGUCAGAUCUGCUACUUGAAUUACCCCAAUUCAGUAAGUGUUUCAAAACAAAAUUACUUGGUGUUUCCGUUAUGCUGUGGAUUAGAUCAUUACUAGCAGUACUGUAUGGCAUAUACUCUAAUCUCUUAACAUUUUUAUCAUUUGCCAUGUGAGCAAUUUUCGGCAAGGACUCACAGAAGAAUCGAUUUACUUAUAGUUGGAAAAUGCCAUGUAGACAUAAAGAGUUAGGUACAGAUUAAAAAGACAUGGGUGUCUUUGUGCACAAGAGUGUCUCUAGCUUCUAGAUUAUUAAUUGGAUCAUGGGAUGCACAUGCCACUAGGUGUAGAGGGUGCUCCAAACACUGGCCCUAACAGAAAAGAAACCCUGUAACCUACGUAGAGGUCCUUCCUGAAAUGAACCAACUGCUAACCCCCUCUAAUGAGGUUUAAGUUUAACCUAAUAAAACGAAAACUUUGAGAAGAACUAAAUUAGAACUUAUCUCUCAAAGGUUUACAGAAAACAUAAAUUUUUUUGUUAGUAAAAGUGCGAUUUGUAAUCCCUUUUGACAUUUAUGAUCAAGUUGUGAUGUAUAAUAGUUUACAACUUUUUGGACACGUUCAAGAAUCUAUUGCUGUAAUUCUCUGCUUCCUCUGUAAAAGUAUUUUAUUCUAUUUCCUUUACUUGGUACACUCUCAAAUAAUCCAUCAAUGCUGACUGCAAAUCGUGUUGAUCACUGCAUACUUCAUGUUUUUUCGUCGCUGCUUAGCAGUUUUUAAAGAUCUCAUAACUGUUUUUCCUCUUCAGUAUUUCACAGGCCUUGAAUGUGGUCACAAGUUUUGUAUGCAGUGCUGGAGCGAGUACUUAACCACAAAAAUCAUAGAGGAAGGAAUGGGACAGGUAAUAUUGGGGAAAACACUUAAUGAGUGGGUAGCAGGCAUAGAGUCUUGUUGACUUUUUUUUUGCUUCCAUUUAUGUCUCUUCACUUUUGUAUUUAAUCUUUUCUGAUCCAAUCUCUAUUGUCCACGAUGUUUAAUUACACACUUGUUGUUUUCUCCCCCAGACUAUCUCCUGCCCAGCCCAUGGCUGUGAUAUCUUAGUUGAUGACAAUACCGUAAUGUAAGUAAAAUGAGCCUUUGUGGAGAUGUUGGCAUUUUUAAGAUAAAUUAUACAGGAUAAGCAUAGGCAUAUCUUUUUCCAAGUAAAUGUUGUCCAAGCUAGUCACUGCUUUCUCCUUUUGCUAUAAAAGAGUUAUGAGUACAGCUUGAUAAUGUUAAAAGAAACUCAUCAUAACCAUUUUAACUCUCUGAUUUGAUUAUUCUAAAUGGUCUGCCCUGGCUGUCCCUUGUUUCACUACCAUUACAUACGGUUUAAUAGUAAGCUAAUAGUUAAUGGUCACUCUGCACUUGCUAAUAAUACAUCCUUGUUAACUCCAGUGCUGUGGAGUGAGUGUAAUGGAGUCAAAAGCAAUUAUUGGGUUACAGGAGUGGAUAAAAAUGUCAACUCCAACAAAAUGUUCCAUAUAAGCCAGUAAGGUGUAAUAUAGGUUUAAGCGUAUGUUCGCUGCAUAAGUCAAUACGAAGUCAAAAUGUGUUUCUUUUGGGCCUAUGCUUGGCCUUGCAUACGCUUAUGACUUGAGCCAUAGCUAUGCAACACAAGUCAACAAUUUGUUCAGUUUCAUACAAAAUUGUUUUACUUACUGUAUCCUGUGAUAUGACAGGUUAUUUUUCUAUACGAUUAAUCAGGUGCUGAGAGUUUAAACGUAAACAAAACAUUAGCAUGGAGUUUACUUUUUGGCCAAUAGCGGGCGUGCUUCUCUUAAACCAGUCAGCUGUGUUUACAUAUGAAUGAUGGGAUACCUUAAGUGAUAAUCUUAUCUGCUAAUUCUCCCAAAUGUGUUUUUUUUUUUUUUUUGAAUUUUUUUGUGCAUGGUUUGACAGUAAGAUAUACGUUGCCACAACAGCAAACAUAAUCACAUCAAUAACAUAGAUCUAUACAUAUGUGGCUUUGAAGUGAGAGCACAUUUUAAAACUUUUUUUUUUUGUUUUUAAACGUAGUAAGGCAAUCUAGUGGUAUAUGUAUUUUGCAGUGCAAUUAUAGGUUUACAAACAGGCACAAGGUACCCCAACGGCAUUCCUCAUGCAUAAUUUAACAUAUCAACAACGUAAACUAUAGGGGUAUUUGAAAGUUCUUGCACAAUUUUUAUGUUAUAGGUAGAGAGAUUAUGGUUAAAGCAAAAAGGUUACGUAGCAUGGUGACCAUGUCUGGACUGGGACCAGGAUAUGUAGUUGCUUGCCAGCCUCCCCUUCUGUCCCCUUAGAUAUAAUAGCUGAAUCUACAAAUCAACCGUGUUACCGUGUACGCCUAGUGUGGGAGCGCAAAUAGAGUAUAGUGUAGCUAUAUGGGCUAGCUGACCCCCAUGGGUGCCUGUUGCUUAGUGUGGUUAUAGCAUUGCGUGGGUAUGAUCGAGUGUCUGUGAGUGACAUGUCAGGCCCACUGCUCUCUUGCUGUGGCUAGAUUUGUGCAUUUUUUGGUUGGAAAGGGUUAACAAAAACAUCAAAGGGGACCUAUGUGAGCGUAUAGACAUAUAAAAAGACAGGCUGGUAUCAUAAGCUUAGGGUAGUUCUCAAACAUUGUAAGAUAUCGCUGGUUGCCAUUGUAACACAUAUAAAAGAUAUCACGGGUUGCCAUUAUAAAACAUUUGAAAGAGCUCCCUAGUUGUCUGUAUAAAACAUAUGCAAGAAGUCACUGUUUGCCAAUGUUAGACAUGUUAAGGGUAUCAUUGGUUGCCGACAUGGAACAUAGGAAACAUACCACUGUUGAUAAGGCCCCAGUCCCAUGUGGCUGGCGUAACUUCAACUGUAGCUUAACAAUAUUAUCUGCCUGGGUAUCAAUGGGCUGGUAUAUAACAGUAAGUCCUGAGGGGGGUACGGGUACCUCGCUCGGGGGCAUGUGGCACUGUUAGCCGAUGCCUCGGCUUGGUAUCUCCAUAUCGUCCCUGGGAUUCAUCAGAUGAUGGCCUCGCUGCUUUGCCAUGCAGAGUCCCGCUUGUCUGGUGUGGAUGGAGACAUUUAGGCAGUCACUUAGGCCUGUAAUGGCGAUGGGGGGGGUUCAUCCCUCGAGCUUGUGCUAAAAUGUUAGUCUUAUCGCUGCUGGCCCGGUGACCUCCGGUUGUCUGCUGCCUUUCAGGUUUGGGCCUCACGCUUGAGUUCCGUCUCAUCUGGGUAGUGCCAUAGUGUCUCAGUUGCGGGAAUCCCCUCUUGCCCCGGAGCUGUGGGAGAGCUGGCGCUCGUAGGCCAUGAGCCUGGGAGCCUUCGUGGUCCAGGGUCAGCCCUUUCGGGUUCGUGCGGAGAGGUAGGUUAGGUCGCUUGAGGUUUCGUCUUGCCCCUCUCCGCUUGUGUGGCCAGCGCCUCUGGGGUACUCCCCAUCUUGCUCUCAGCCCGGGAGUGCCUAGGAUGUGGGGGAUCGAUGUGGGGGUCUUUGGGAAUCCUCCUCAAGGCAACUCUUUCUCCCGUCCGCCAUCGGCUCUUACCCUUGUGGGUAAUGUUUGGCUGGGCAUUGCAGGCUUGAUGUGUGCCCGUAGUUUGGCCCAGAAGCGGUCAAAGAUUAGUGUGAUAGGAUCUUUUCCGCAGUCCUCGGUGUCCUCUGCAUCCGGUGGUCGCUGUCGCUUGUCGGACACUGUUGUGUCGAAGUGAUCCGCCAUCUUGAGCGCUCCCGUCCCCUCGUCUCUUAUGGUGGUCUGUGUUCUUGUCUGUCGGUGUAGGGUUCGGGGCAGCCCGCCAGGCGGGGACCGGGAUAUCCCCCGCCGGUCCAUAGGGGGGGGGAGGGUGCGUGUUUUGCACUCGCUUUUCACAGUUGGGAUCCGGCGGGAAGGCGGCCGUCCUUCCCCCCUGUUUCCACUAGGCCUCAAUUUGCUGCCACGGUUCCCGGUCGAAUCAGGUCUCAAAUUUGGUACCGGCAUAGUCGUGGUUGCUUCCCCUAGCCUACUGGCAGGUUUGUAGGGGAAUCGCAGCAGGCAAUCUCCAGAUAUUUGCAGAAUUUGAGCCUAUACUGCAGGAGCUUAUGCAAUGUGCUUCUAUUCAGCUUGCCUGUUCAGCUCCGCCCCCUCCCAAAUGUGUUUUUUAUGAGUAAAUAAUAAGUCCGAAAUUUUAAUUCUUGAGACAAGAAGUUGGAAGUGAUAGCAAUAUGCAUCAACAACUUUAUGCUCAACAUAUUAGUUGAGUUUAGUUUUUAUGCCUGCAAAUACAGUAAUUGUAAUAUAGUAUAAGGAGUCAGUGGUAACUUAAAUUGAGGAGUCUGAGACAAAGGUUAUGUGUACUGAUUCCACAGCCCUAGUUUACUCAAGUGGAAGUAGGGGAACCGUGAUUAGCUGAGGAGUGCUCAUGUGACACUCGUCAUUCCCCCUCCACCUAUCUACUUCUGUAUACAAGGAAGUGUUAGCCAGAGCAAAAGCUGCAAUGAGUGUCUAUGGCGGCCAGGGAUUCAGCAGUUUAACAAUUAACCUAGGGUGCCAGUGCAGUCCAGCCAUCAUAACCACAAAAUAUUUUUGUUUGUUUAUUUCUUUAACCAGUGGACUAUUGGAGAAAAGGUUUGCUGAAUCAGAGGUGAAAUGUGCUCUGUGCGACAGACAACUGUCAUGUCAAGGUUUUGGUGUUUUUCUUGAAUCUUUGUCUCCACAACAAGUGAAGAUACACAUAAUAGUUGCUACAUCUCUCGUUUCAGAAAUUUUUUAUGAUGAAACCGUUUCUUGUAUAUGGUCUAGGCCAUAGGUAUUACAUUUAAAAAAUUGGUUAUAAGAAGCGGGGCAGUCCCUUUUAUAAACCAUAGGAAUUUUCCUCCUGGUCACUCACCACUAUACCCUAAAAUUUAUAUUUUAUUAUUUUGAAACAACAAUGUGUUUUUGAGCUUCCCUAUCCUCCUGUGUUCAAACAUUUUUCAUGUGUGUUUCUUUUCCAGGCGCCUGAUCACAGAUUCAAAAGUGAAGUUAAAGUAUCAGCAUUUAAUAACUAAUAGUUUUGUAGAGGUAAGUGGCUGCUAUAAAUAUUGUGUGGAUCAUUGCAUGUGUUCAGGUAUUUGCAAUAGAAGAUAGAACUUAAGCUCUCCUAAUCUGUAAUGGUUUAAAUGUAAUGCUGCGUUCCAUCUGUGUGGAAAUUAUAACACCUGCUGAUUAAUUCUAGACAGUUACUUGUCCCUUUUGGCUCAGAAUGUUUCACUGUAACAUUCUUUGGUGUAAGUAAAUAAUGAGUGAAACAAAAAAGUAAUUUAACAGUGAGUCUAUUAAUGUUUUUUAACAUUUUGGUGCCUCAUUUAUGUUCUAGUUAUAUAAAUUUCCAAUCGUAAUGAAUGGUUAGAAUCUAAAAGUUUCAAUUCCUACACUUCUAACCAGACUUUCAUUUACUCGUCACGGCAACCCUGGAGAGUCCAUGGCACACUCACCAGGGAUGAAUUUCUCCUUGUCGGGGCUAAAUUUUCACCCACCAACGGCUACUACUUUUGAGACCUGGUUGUGAUAAUCCUAUUCAGUCUUUAUAUUGUGAUUAGCAAACGGUCUCUUGUACCCAGGUUCACUCCAUGCUCUGAUUGAAGACUUGGAAGAAACAAUACAUAGGUUGUAUCAUCUUGAAAGAAUAAAAUAUGUAUUUAUCUGCAAAGAUGUUUCCAAGUCAAUAUACAUUAUAAAUUGUACUUCCUAAAUGACCGUGCACAUUUGUCUAGAACAUAAACAUUUUAUAUCCAUAUAAAUGUUGCUCUUGUAAAGCGGUGUCUAUCUUUUUCUCGUUAAUUUUAACCUGUUCAUGUUUUUAGCUGUUCGUGCGGACACAUACAUAUUUACACGCGCGCCAUUUAUACAUACGUACAAAAAAACAUUAAAGGACCACUAUAGGCACCCAGACCACUUCAGUUUAAUGAAGUGGUCUGGGUGCCAGGACCAGCUAGGGUUAACCCUGCCUGCUGUAAACAUAGCAAUUUCAGAGAAACUGCUGUUUACAUUAGGGUUAAUCUAGCCUCUAGUGGCUUUCUCAUUGACAGCCACUAGAGGUGCUUCUCACUGUGAUUUUCACAGUGAGAAGACGCAAGCAUCCAUAGGAAAGCAUUGAGACUGCUUUCCUAUGGACUGGCUGAAUGCGUGUGCGGCUCUUGCCACGCAUGCGCAUUCAGUCGGUGACGUCAGAAGAGGGAGGAGAGUGCCCAGCGCUGGAGAAAGAGGUAAGUUUAACCCCCUUCAGCCCGGAGGGAGUGGGACCCUGAGGGUGGGGGCACCCUCAAGCCACUAUAGUGCCAGGAAAAAGAGUUUGUUUUCCUGGCAUUAUAGUGGUCCUUGAAGUGGUUAAAACGAAUGAGAAAAGGACAGACACAGCUGAUAUAGGCUUGGUAACACAGAAUUAGCAUUGGGCACUAAGAAUUUGUCUCCCUGUCUGUCACUGUAGAGUCCAGAAGAUUGCCUCUAUUGGGGCUCUAGCAGCUGCAAUGGUGCAUCUCUGUAUGCACUGUAGCAGAGCACAUUUUAAGGCUCCCUUAUAAUUCUGCCCUCGAGUUUUGGAAGAAGUGAUGCCAUAUCACUUCAUUCUCACUGAAUCACGAUGCAGCACAGUAGUAAGAGAGUAGCCCAGAAACUGUUGCCUUUUGAUACAUCUCCAAUUGUUGCUCUGCAUUAAUGCUGCUGACACUGUUCCUUUCCCAUAUCUUAUAUUUUAACUUUUUUUUUUUCUGGUUUGUCAGUGCAACAGACUCCUGAAGUGGUGCCCUGCUCCAGACUGCCAUCACGUGGUAAAGGUUCAGUAUCCUGACGCCAAGCCUGUCCGAUGCAAAUGUGGCCGUCAGUUUUGGUGAGUAAUUGAGGCAAACGGCAGAAUAGAAAGACCAACUACUCUGUAUUAACUCUGUUUUAAAGCUUGCAUGUAUUGCUUUGUGAUCUCAGACACUGAUAUGCUGCAUUUCCUUUAAUGACUACAUAUACAAUAGCAUACCUAUAGGUACAUCCCAACUCUGCCCCCUAUGUUUUACGAAGGUUUGUACUUUUCUAAAGCAUUUCUCUGUGUUCGACCAUUGAUAGGCUGACACGUUCAACUUAUCAACAAUGCCCAAAAGAAAUGCUUCAGCAUUAAAGCUGGGGCCAGAUGAGGAGACAGGGGGCUGUUGGGAGGACUUAAGAUUUAAACUUUUCUACAAUGGUUUAACCCCAUAGGGUAAUACUGCAUCCUGGAACUCCAGACACCAUAAAGACUUCACUGAGAUGUAGUUGUUACAUUGUCCUUAAUGGUCUUUUAAAAAAAAAAGGUUUAAAAAUAUUUCAUCCCUAUAAUGUGACGUAGACAUUACCACCCUUAACUGGUUACUUCUGGCAUCAUAGCCACCAGUACCCGUUGUAGUGGUUAUGAUGUAACUUACACUAACCCCUUUAACCUUACCCUGAUUUGAAUGAUCUGUCUGUUAAAGCAAUGCUGAGUGCACCCAACUGUGUUUUUAUCUUUUCUAACUAACAGCAUCUCUGACAAAUGUUCAGCUUUGAUUAAUUAUGCCUUGUGACAGCUGCUUUUGCCAGGUUUAAGAGCCCUAUUGAUCACAUGUUCUCCAAUUUUUUUUAUAAAGAUCUGAUUUUAGUUUUGUGUCUUUUUACAGUUUUAAUUGUGGAGAAAACUGGCACGACCCAGUCAAAUGUAAGGUAAGUAUGGGCUUAAAGCUGCUUCAGUGAUUUGGAUGCUUAAUACUCCAGCCAUUCACUACACUCUCAUAAGUUCCAAUGAGAAGAGCAUUGAGCAUGGACUUGAAUUGCAUAUCUGUGCAAAUCUUCUUCCACUUAAACGGAGUGUUUUUUCUAUAAGUGUAAACAAAAUGGAAACAAAGUUUGGGUUCACAACUCCCAUUUAUUCCAAUAUCGUAUACUUGUGGUGAAGUGAGCAAACAACUAUUCUAGUGUCUAGAAAAAUGAAUGUCAUGCUGGAGGAAUGUGGGGAAUUUUUUUUUCUAUUUUACUUGUUGGUAAACAAAAUGUGUAAUCCAACUGUUUACAUUUUGCAUGACAAUAAUGCCUAGAGUUUCACUUUAAAGGUACACUCCAGACAUUUUUUUUUUUUCCUCAUUUUGCAAAGUGUGCUGAUUUCAAUAGAAACUGACACUUCUAUGUUUUUUGUUUUUUUUUCUGUUUACACCACCCUGGCUUUCAAGCUUCCUGGUUGUUUAUCUCAGUGGAGCUAAACUCUGUAAUUGCUCAGAGCAUCUGCUUUGCAUAGACUUCUCAUUGAGCUGCAUUAGGGAUACAAUGGGAGCUUGAGCUAGUCAUUACCUUUAUGUUUUUAUUUUGAUACAUAAAUGCUGAAUUAUUUUUUAACACACUAACAAAAGCUUAAAUCCAGUGCUACCAGAUAGAUGUUGGCAUUGCCAGGGUUUGGAAGGCUCAUACCUGCAUUUGUGGUUGAACAGUCCAAAAGUUGAAUAAAGAACCCAUAUGUCUCAUUGAACACUGGGGGUGAUUGCUGUUUUUAAUUUAUAGCCAUUGUCUUUGUUGAGCUAUUUAGACUUCACCUCCCACUAUACAAAAUACAAAAUACUCCAUUAAUUUAACCCUUUACUUACCUUCAAUCCAGUGCAGAGAAAGCCUCUUCUGAACAGCCCAGUCCGCCACCUACGUGUUCAUCAGGCUUGAGGACAAUUUUCUUUUUUUUCCUUUUUGAGAAGCAUUGUGGACUUAAAGGGACACUUAAGUCAUCAUAACUUUUAUUUGAAUGAAGUUCGUAUAGUGCCAGGAGGCCCCCCUGUGCGCGAACUCUUACCUUAAGGGCUUAAAGGGAAGGGAUUCACCAGUGCCAGGAAAACAUAUUUAUGUUCCUGGCACUGCAGGACCCUCUAGUGACCCCUUUCAGUGACUUACUGGAGUCCAGCGCCGAUGUCCCUCGGCAUUGGGUCAGGCUCCGCCUACUCUCCUCGCCCGCUGACUUCAGCCGGUGGGGGACAUCUAAUGCGCAUGCUCGGCAAUGGACGCGCACACGCAUUAGACCUCCCCAUAGGAAAGUCUUAUACAGUGCAUUCCUAUGGGGAUUUCGGUGACGCUGGAGGUCCUCACAUAGCGUGAGGCCGUCCAACGUCGUUUUAAAACACUUUUCGUGUUCUAUGAGCACGGAAGUCCCUCUAGCGGCUGUCUAGUAGACAGCCACUAGACGAGGACUUAACCCUGCAAUGUAAAUAUUGCAGUUUCUGAAAACUGCAGUAAUUUCACUUGCAAGGUUAAGGGUAGUGGGAGUUGGCACCCAGACCACUCCAAUGGGCAGAAGUGGUCUGGGUGCCUGGAGUAUCCCUUUAAACUGCUCUCGAACAGUUGAACUCCAACGAUUGCUUCCAACGCCGAUCUGCAGAUCCACAGGCAACAUCCGACUUCUUGCUCUGUUACAGUAAGCUUAGACUGCUGCAGGGCAGCAGCGCAGCAGCGCAGCUGAUUGGCUUAGAGCUGACAUGCUAAGCCAAUGACUAGCUCACCAUUGAUAUAGGCCUGUAAUUGAAAUCAUGAAAUCGGGUGCUGCCUGUGGAACCUGUAGAUCGGUGCUGGAGGCAAAAUUUGGGGUUUAACCCAUUUUAUGGUAAGAGUAUGCACGGUGUCUAGUGCCACCAUAACAACUUCAUUUAGAUGAAGUUGCUAUGGUGACCAGAAUGUCCCCACAUGGCUAACAAUCUCCAGGAUGCGAGUGUUGGAUGCUUCUAUAAUUUAAGAACAGAGUCAUACUGCUUCCUUGCUGGGUAACCACCCUCAGAAAGACAGCCACUAGAGGUGUGUUUAACUCCACAAUGAAAACAUUGCUGUAUCAUUGCGAUAGCCAAAGGCCACCACACCCAGACCACUUAAUGGAGAUUAUAGUGGCCCUUCAAAUUGUCUUUAGUUGUGGUGGGGUUUUUUUUUGUACAUUUUUGUAUUCCAUUAGCGCCCCCUUUCUGCCACUCCCUACCAAUCUUUAGUAUUUCCCUUUUUUACUACAAACUAAAUCUGCUGUACAUGAGUUAAUGUUCAGCUGUAACUGCAACUAUUUAAAACUCUUCUGUGUGUAAUACAUAAAGCACUGUUUAUGGGAAAGUUGAGCCGCAAUCACCUUAUAUUACAAGAACUCACUUCAGAUGCUGCGUAGCAUGGGGAUUUGUAGCAGAUUACUUCCAAUGUGAGUAUCUUUUUUUUUUUUAUUAUACUUCUGCAUAUUUUUAGUGCACACCUAUACAGUACAUUAAAAAUAUGCACCAUUGCAUGGCACAGGGUAUCCACUGAUGGAGCUCCGUACUUUGAUUGAGUACCUCUGCCAGGUCAGCUUACUUGCUGCUAUCAGGGACCCUGAGUGCUUCAGACCCAGUCGCUGAAGCUUAAGUGGGGUCCUCUAGCACUGGACCAUGCUACAGUGAAUAUAAUUCUCAAGACUAUCUUUCCUGUCAAGUAUUGAUUAAAGCUUUACUAUAGCCUUUUAACAAAUGUAAGGGAGCUCCGGUACAUCACCUGAGUAUCUCAUUAACUAGUGCGUGGCUUUUUCGUGGUAAAAAUCAUGCUAAAAUGGAACUACAAAAAUAGGUUUUCAAUGGAUACAGAGAAUUAAAUGGGUUAACAAAUUUCAUGUGUAAACCAAAUCAGUCAGUGACCUACUACUAUUUUCUCUUCCUAGUGGUUAAAGAAAUGGAUUAAAAAGUGCGAUGAUGACAGUGAGACAUCCAACUGGAUUGCUGCUAACACAAAGGUAUACUUUUCAAUAUAUAACGACAUGUACAUAUCUUGCAAUGCCUUUACUUCUAGAACAAUUUCAAAAUUAAGUGAAAAAUUAAGAAUGUUUUUCCCCUUUAUAUGCUAAUAUUUCAUUAACUUAUUUUCAUCAUUUUGAUGUGGCUUCUUUUCUAUAUAUACAUAUAUAUUUAGGAAUGCCCCAAAUGCCAUGUUACCAUAGAAAAGGAUGGUGGCUGUAAUCACAUGGUAUGUCGGAAUCAGAACUGCAAGGCAGAGUUCUGUUGGGUUUGUCUAGGACCCUGGGAGCCCCAUGGUUCUGCCUGGUAAGUGCAAGUUAAGCACCCGUGCCUUUAACAGACAAAGGCUGUUUAGUUUUGUUGUCCUGUCAGCUCUUAUGUGAUCUGUAUGUAUGCCAUAUAGAUGGUAACUUAUCAUUCUACAAUUCUGGUCUCAAACAUAUGUCUUUGAGACACAAAUACUACAACUGUGGCUGGAAUUCUACUUACCAGGAUGGGUUUUGACACACCUGUUCUUCUGUACACCAUUUACUCUGUGUUUGCCCUCAGACGUCUAAGUACAAUGGACUACCGCUUUCAAUAACCUCAAGGAUUCACAUAAGUCCUUUUAAAACGUAGCAUUUAUUUGAAAAAUAAGUAAAAUUAAAAAUCACCCCAAAAAUAAACCCUCUGUUACAUCUGCUAUAUGUUAAUAAAGCAUAGCCCACAGAGUAAUUUACUUGACUUCUUUUGUGUGUAAACACCACGUAAGCUAUGUUGAGGUGAGUCCUACCACUAUAUCUUUUCUGUAUAUGGAUACGAUGGACUUUGUUGUGUAACACUCACUAAAUUAUAAGAAAAGAAGUAGAACAAGGUCAGAGGAAAUAAUUAACAAUGGGGGGAAAAACUGAUAUAAUAUGCAGUUGGACAACCAUGCUUAAUGCCAAUCACUUCUGCAGGUAUAACUGUAAUCGUUACAAUGAGGACGAUGCAAAGGCUGCGCGUGAUGCACAAGAGGUGAGUCAGUGCUCCCAGCACACAUUAACACACUGCGUGUAUUCUCUGAUUCACUUGCAUUAUGAUCUGCACUUACACAUUUACUCAUUAACUUCUGCGUUUUUAACUUGACCAAACCUUGAUAAAAGUUGUUGAAAUGUGUGAUGCUUGGAGAUAUAAUACUUGGGUAUUUCACUAUUUGUAAGCUACCCAAUUUAACUUCUGUUCACUUCACUGGGGAAUGAACGUUUUAUUUAGUUUUUUUCUUGAGUUUGUGAAGAACAACUUGGUGCAAGUGUUUAUAUACAUGGUACUGAACUUAAGGGUUUUUUUUUAGAGAUCCAUGUAAGUUUUCUCUGCAAGUUAACCUUGAAUACCAUCAGAAUUUUAAGCUGAUAUCCAUACCUUGAUCAAUCACCAGCUCAAAGUGCCAUGUAAUGCUUAUUGUAUGCUUCUACAGAUCUUGAAACACAAGUAUUCAUACAAGUUUAUUUACUAAAGGGAAAAUUGUUGGGAAUUUAAAGUGAAUUCUAAAUAGAAGCAUAGUAGCUGACUGGGAGAAUGUUCCGGUUUGGCUACUCUGGCCUUUUAAUUUCAAGUUUACUUUGAUGUCCUGGUAAUUCUCAAAUUAGAAACGAACCCAGUCAGAAAGAACCCAACUAUGUUUUGAUAGCCAAGGCAUUGGUGCAUUUCACCCUAGUAAAAAGUGCUUAUAGUGAAAUCUCUCCGCUUCCGCUGCUGUGCACUAAAAGGAUCACUACCAGCAGCAGAUCUUUGCUCAGUGCAUGUAGUCUCCAUCAUUGUGUCCAUGAACAUAGCAGUCCUCCUUGGCAAUUCAUUAUCUGAGUUUUAGUUCUACAGAUAGUGGUGGUCUUGUUUUGCCACUCUGAUCUUACUAAUUGAACUUUGAGACCAACCUCUUUAAAGGGACACUAUAGUCACCCAGACCACUUCAGCUCAAUGAAGUGGUCUGGGUGCAAUGUCCCUCAGGUUUUAACCCUUCAGAUGCAAACAUAGCAGUUUCAGAGAAAUUGCUAUGUUUACAUUGCAGGGUUAAGCCAGCCUCUAGUGGCUGUCUUCCGGACAGCCACUAGAGGCGCACCUGCGACGCUGGAGGCAUAUUAUGCCUCGACCACGCAGAGCAUCCAGAGAAAAGCAUUGAGAAAUGCUUUCCUAUGGGUACUUUGAAUGCGUGCGCGGCACUGCCGCGCAUGCGCAUUCGGCUCCGCUGACAUCGUUGGGGGAGGAGAGGUCACCAGCGCCGAGGGAGCCCGGCAGUGGAAUCGGGUAAGCUGCUGAAGGGGUUUUAACCCCUUCAGCGCCACGGGUGGGGGCACCCUCAGGGCACUAUAGUGUCAGGAAAACCGCUUUGUUUUCCUUACACUAUAGUGAUCCUUUAAGCACAGUUAGCCUUGAUUGCAGCUGUUCACUAGUUAUACCUUUCUUUCCUUCUGCCUUGUUACUGACGCAGCGAUCCAGAGCGGCCUUACAGAGAUAUUUGUUCUACUGCAACCGAUACAUGAACCACAUGCAGAGCCUGCGAUUUGAGCACAAGCUGUAUGCCCAGGUAAAGCAGAAGAUGGAGGAGAUGCAGCAGCACAACAUGUCAUGGAUUGAGGUGCAGUUCCUGAAAAAGGCUGUGGAUGUUCUGUGCCAGUGCCGCUCCACUCUCAUGUACACUUACGUCUUUGCAUUCUACCUCAAGAAGAACAACCAAUCUAUUAUCUUUGAGGUGAGUUCUUCUGUGCUUGGCUCCUUUAUAGUAUAUAAUGUCUUUAGCUUUUGUGAUAAGAGCUCUCCUUUAGUAUUCUUUUCCCUGACCCAUCUAUCUAAAGGAAAGAUUACCUGAACCGCUUAAAUAGUGGAUGGAUGCGUAUCACAGGUAAAAUGUAGAAAUAAAUUUAAUUCCAUAAGGCUUAUCUUCCUGCCGUCAUAGGGACGGAUUGGUGGAAACUUUGUUUUUGAAUUUGUGAUGCUAUUGUUACAUGAUUCUCUAUAUUGCCUUCUCUGUUCUGUUUAUGAUGUGCGAUAUGUAUAGUAUGUUUUGAACAGUCCAUAGAAGCAUAAAAUCUAAAAUUUGUUUUUGAAAAACCUUUUGGUGUUUGCAAAAAUGCCAUAAUGUACAGCAUCAUUUUUGAUACUAAGGUAGUUGUAAAUGUUACAUCUGUAUUGUUCUACUAAUAUGUGUUUUAUCCUUGUGCAUAGAAUAAUCAGGCAGAUUUAGAGAAUGCUACAGAGGUUCUGUCUGGAUAUCUGGAAAGAGACAUUUCCCAAGAUUCACUGCAAGACAUUAAGCAAAAAGUGCAGGAUAAGUACAGGUGAGUAACUGCAAGUUACUGUAUUGGUUGUGUAAGUCUAUUCUCUGGAUUUCAAACAGUAUGUGUCAUUCCUGCAUAUAUGUAUAUGAGCCUUUCUCACAUUCACUCUUCUACUUACUGACCUAGUCGUACGAAUGGGAUAUCAUUCUUUGCAGCAGCUCUGUAUGUGAGUGGUUUUGUGUGUUACUUUAUUUUUUGUGUGUGUGGUUUUAUAUUUAUGAAUUAUCCCACGUGUUCUCCAUUGUCCGCCUAUGUAAUGCUUACUGCAAUCUUCAAGAGUUUGACAUUAUAAGACAUUAUAGGCAACAAAAUAAUUUUAUCUUAAAAGGUAGUCACCAAAACGACUUUCGCUUAAUGAAGCAGUUUUUGGGUAUAGAGCAUGUGAUAAGAGAUAAGUGUAAACAUUAGAUGACUCUCUUUAAGGAAGUGUUUAGGAAGACUGUGCAAGUCACAUGUAGGGAAGUGUGACUUGGCCUGCAUAAACAAAGUGAUUUUCCUAAAUGGCAGAGAAUUGAGCAGUGAGACUGGAGGCAUGAUCUAUACACCAAAAGUACUUCAUUAAGCCAAAGUUGUUUUGGUGACUAUAGUGUCCCUUUUAAUGAGGCAGUUUUAUUGUAUAGGUCAUGCACCUGCCGUGUCACUGCUCAAACAUUUACUGCUCACAACACCUCCCUACACACCUUCUGUAAACAGAAAUCUAAUGUUUAAAGGGAUACUUCAGGAACCAAUACAACUUUGAUGCAUUUGAUAGGUUUUGCCUACAUUAAUAUGCUGUAUUUUUGUAACUUUUUUUUUCCUGCUCAACUGUUUAUAGUUUUUGCACAGGAAAAAAAAAAUAAUUUUUUUGCAGAAUGCUGCACCAUAACCUUGCCUCCUUAGCAAUGCCUCGUCAUGCCAGAAAGAGUUCCUUAUCAAAGGUAUGCACACAGUCUCUGCCCCAACAGCACUGAGUGUGCUGCUUUUAAUUAACUACCUGGCUGCAGACAGCCUUGCUAAAUGUCUUUUUGGGUGCCCUGUAUUUCGAAUGCAUGGCGCUUUAUAGGUCCGAUCAUUCAGUACUGUCAGUGACUUUGACAAGAAAGUAUUUUUCUGGAAUGAAGGGGCACAGCAUAUUAACCCCUUAAGGACCAAACUAAUGGAAUAAAAGGAGAAUCAUGACAUGUCACACAUGUCAUGUGUCCUUAAGGGGUUAAAGGACCACUAUAGGCACCCAGACCACUUCAGCUUGAUGAAGUGGUCUGGGUGCCAGGUCCAGCUAGGUUUAACCCUUUUUGCAGUAAACAUAGCAGUUUCAGAGAAACCGAGGGGGCCCGGCGCUGGAAAAAAGGUACAGGAUUAACCCCUUCCUCCCCCUUCAGCGCCACGAGAGUAUGUUUUCCUGGCACUAUAGUGGUCCUUUAAUUAGGGGAAAACUUAUCAAAUGCAUUAAAGCUGUAUUGGUGCCUAGAGUGUCCCUUUAAACUUCCUUUAUUGCACAACCUGUUUAAUUAGAAUGUAUUAUCUCAUGAUCUGUUAAUAGCCUGCUAGAACCAGCAGAAGUCUCCUGUGUGUGAAAUAGUCUCAUUUACAGAGCAAGAUUACUUCUAAAAUAAGUUGACAUCUGAUUUAAAAAUAUUAUAAUUUUUUUUCAUGUAUGCGGUGUCAGUCAUAGACAAGAGAGGUGUAGCUAGGACUGCAUGAACAGAAGAAAAAAAGUGAUUGAGUGACAGAGAAUUGAGUAGUGAGAUUUCAGGGGCAUUAUCUAUACACCAAAACUGCUUCAUUAAGCUAAAGCUGUUUUGAUGCCUAUAGUAUCCCUUUAAAGAAAGCUUUUUGUGAAUGAAGUAAUUAUAAAAUAUGAAACCUAUUAUGAUAAAGUUGUUCAAAGUAUCCUUUGUUUUUGGGGGGUUGAAAAGACAGUGUUUAGCAUAAAAAAGAUGUGCUUGUAAGUGAUUACCUCGGCAUUUUGAUUUCUCUGUCUAUUGUGUCUUGCCAAAGUCCAGCACACCAAAUGCAUAUUCCGCCUCAACACAUACACAGGUUCUCCUAUACCUUUAGGAGAUAUAUCAGUGGUAAUCUCUGUUGUAAUUUUAAUUUAAUCCAUGCAUCCUGUGGGGAAUGAAUCCACAGUAUAAUGAGAUUACUUGUGGAUCAAGGGACUGAAGGUCACAAAAGAAGAAAAGGGAUAGCCAUGUAAAUUAGCUCAUUGCCUUGAACACUAAAGCUUUUUUUCUGUAAAGUUUAUAGGUUAAUUCUUUAAACAAACAAACAAAAAUUAACUUAGCCUUUUUAAACUUUGCAGAGUUUUUUUUUUUAUAGUAUGCAACCAUUCCACAUGUUAGGUACAUUUUCACCAUAUUCUUUUCAUUCUUGUCCUUCCCUACCCCCUUCCCCUGCCUUUUUUGGUUUUGUGCAAAACAUGAUUUCAUGUGCACUGUAAAACUAUAGAAAAAAUUAAUAUAGGUAGACAGAGUGGUAAACCGUGCCCUAUAAAGUGAAUAUAUUCACCUAUAUUUGUCUACCUAUAUUUGUUCUCAGAUUCUGUGCUGCCCAUCCCUUUGUUGUACUGUGUAGUGAGCGCUUAUUUCCUGUUGUAUCCAUAGAAAAAGAAUUGGCCAAUAAUGUUUGGAUAAAGGAAAAUUGUAUAUGUGUUAAAAAGCUUGCAUCGAGGACAGUGCCAUCAUUGCUCACAAAGUAGCUUAAUUUAUUCAACAUUCUAACUAUAUUACUGACAUAUCAUGUUUUGCUUAUUUCCAAGUUUGCCUAUAUGCUGCUUUUCUUGCUAUGUUUUCAUUUUUCUAACCUUUUUCCAUCUCUCCCUUCAGAUACUGCGAGAGCAGGAGGCGAGUUCUGCUCCUUCAUGUGCAUGAAGGUUAUGAGAAGGACUUGUGGGAAUAUAUUGAGGACUGAGCCGUCCCCAGGGACAAAACCUCUGUUGCCACCUGACACUAGAUUUCAACCUCCCAUUAAAUGCAGCUCUGUCCCCUGAGGCUGGCCCCCUGCACAUUCAGACGUCUCUCCCUUUUCUCUCUUGCUCUCAACUCUUGCGCGCUCCCGCCUGGCCUUUGGGUUUCUAUUUUAUUUCCCCCCCCCCCCCUUUUAAUUUUUUUGGGGGGGGGGAAGGGUUGUUUUGUUAAUGGAAAGUUAAAGUAAAUUAUAUUGUAAUAAUAAAAGGAAAGCGGCUAGCAGAGGAAAUGGUUUGACAGUAUUGUAGGCAUAUUUAAAACCCAAGGUAGAUAUAGGGGGCAACAGAACAUUGAUCUGCUUGGUAAACUGCUAAACAAUGCCUUGCUGCCUCCUUGGCUGUCAAUGGGUUAUUGUGUGUGCAGGAACCUCCGCUAAUUGCAGAAUUUUCCUCCCAAUUUCUGCUUCCCUCUGUCAUGCUGAUUUCCAUAUCAUGGCUCCUUAGAAAGGACAGUCAUUCAAAACCAGAUUUCCCCUCUGUCUAUUUUCCUCCGCCUUCCCUAUCUUCUCUUGACCUCUAUUACCCUCCCGCAUCUUUGCCACUUUCCUAAUAUUCUACUCAUUUACACUCUCCACCCUAACCCACUUGCACCUUUUCUAACCCAUGGUUGGAACUGAACAGCUUUCAAAAGUUAAAAAAAAGAAAGAAAGAAGAAAAACAAACAAAAAUAGCUUUGUACAUGACUUUUAAAAACAAGAUUAAAAUGAAAAGAAGACAGCAGUAUUUUUCAAACUUGUAAAUAGUGCAUCUGCAUGAGCAGGGAGGAGGAGGCGGGACGCACGGUGUUUGCAUCAUGUUUAAGUACAAAACGAAAAAAAAAUAUUUAUUCUUUCUUGAAGAUCGCUGGUUCUGGCUGUGCUGUUUAUUCCUGGGAUGUUGGAGAGCGGACACAGCUUGCCAUAAGAUGGCACUCACAGUUCUCAAAUACCGAUUCAUACACUGCAACACAACCCCAUGAUAAUGGCCCUUGUAUUAGAAGGAGCAGACUGGUCUGAUGAAAUAAACUAAGGACCAGCUCCAAAGCAGGAGAAAAGUAAUUCUUUAUUUGCAUUAAGUUUAAAGAAUUAAAAUGUUAGCCCACCGUGGAAGAGCGUGGCGUAACAAAGUGUCUAUUUAAGGGGUUUUAAAGAGAAGUAUAUGUAGAGGAUUGAUCUUUUGGGAUUUUGUAUGUUAAGAAUUCAGUUAGUUCUCCUCUAUGAACCGUUGGGGAAAGUGCUAAGGAACUCUUGCUACAGAGCUGUGUGACCAUAUGACAGUCACAUUUUAAAAGCCUAAAACGUCUUUCACUGAUCAGUCAAGGGACUUGGUGUGUUAAGAUUGUGUAACAAAACAAACAUUUUUUUUGUGCCUUUAAAUUGUUUGUAGUGUAGUGUGUUUCCUUUGUUUUGUUUUCCUUUUCAUAUUGUAACUGUAAGUUUUCAUUUAUUUACACAUAUGGUGUUAACUUUUUUCCAUGUUAAGGUCAACACUUGGAUAGUGCUGAAUGAUUUAUUUAAUAGCAGGAAUUUGAUAAGCAGAGUUAUCAUAGCCUUGACAUACUAAACCCAGGUAUAGAAUGCAUUGGGGGCCUAGAACGUUUUCACCAAAGCUCCAUUAUAUGAGAAGACAAAUCAGAAUACCUAAGACUGCGUUUAAAGCAGAAAGGAAACAUUUUAAAAUGAAACAAACCUUCAUGUUAAUUCCCAUUCAACCUUUUACCUUACAGGUUUAAUUUGUAUGUACUCAUACAAAUAUAUGUUCACAUCUACUUACACAUUUCAAUGUUUAAGGCCUUAUUGCGUGCAGGUUUUAUGCAAAAACAAAAAAAAUUUCACCAAAUUUAUAAAAAUGUCCCUGUAAAGUGUUUGCACUUUGUAUGCAAAAGAAGAAAAUAUCCUUUAAAUCCUUGUUAAUUAAUUAUUUACACUUCUCUGCUUUGACGUGUUUUAAAUGCCUUAACUAUUCGACAGAAAGACCUAACACAGCUAUGAAAAAAAAUCUACAUACCUUUAUACAUAAAUCCCCUGUCUAACUUUAAAUAACAAUGUGGAGAGUGGAAAAAAAGCUGCCUUCACUUAUGUCCCUGUCGUGUUGUUUUUUUUCUUCUUCUUUUUCUAUAAGACCAACUGUGUCUUAAUGAAUAUUUCACCUCCCCCCGCUGGAUUUAUAUAUAUAUUUAUUAUGUUUUUUUUCCUGUGCUAGAUCUUCAUAUUGGGAUGCAGCCAGCAGAUUGCCCUUCCGUGGGAUUAAUUUUACUGAUAGAUUGUGGGUACACUUGAUUAGCAACUAAAGCAGACCCAUGCUUUUAAGCUCUGCCCUUUUAAAUAAUUUUUUUUAUUUAUAUUUUGGUCAGCUUGACUGAUCCAUAACAAAAAGGUCAUCCUUUUUCCUUAUGCUUUUUAUGAAAACAACAGUGCUCAGGAAACUAUACAAACUGAUUCAGACACAGGGAACUGUAUAGAUGUAGACUUAACUUAAAGUUAAUAUUUGGUGACAUCUGCUUUAAGUACAGAACUAAAUGUGACAGCAGGGUAGCAGGAUGAAAAUGCAUUGUUCCAAAGGUGUAUAGCAUUAAAACCUCUUAAGUGUUUAAGAAAAAAACAAACUCUUCAAUAAGGGCUGUAUGUUUUCUCACCUUUUGUAGGGUGUGUAAUAUGUCAUAAAACAACCACUGAAAUAUGUUUGUAAUUUAUAAAGGGGGAAUAUAUACCACAGUAUUGGACUUACAACCUGUUUAAAAAAAAAAAAAAAAAAAUGGAAUUUGUGCAGACAUCUUUCUCACCUUAUGUGUUUGAACACAAGCUUGGGAGCCAUAGCACAUAAAAAGACUUCCUAGUAAGCUCUCAUUCCAACAGUAAUAACCUUAUAUCUGCCUUGGCUAAAUGAGACAUGUCACUUUUAACAUCAUAGAUGAGUGUUGCAAUUUUAAAAAACUUUCUAUCCAGAUACUGUGUAGUAUAUUACACAGAUCAUACCCCAGUUGGGGAACACCAAAAAGAAAAACCUUGUUAAAAGUAAAAAUACAUGGACCUUUGUUUUUUGUUUUUCAUAACAAAAUGAGACCGACUGUAGACACACAAGGCACAUUGAGAAUUUUCUAUAUCUUUGCUCGGUGGGUUUAAAGUCUAUCAUUUGUACCUUUAUUUCUUCAUAACCAAAUGUUUUAAUUUUCUACCAGGGGUUAAGGCUGUUUUUUUUGGGGGGAGAGGGGUGUUGGAAGGACGGGAGGGUUGUCAUUCCCCAGCUGGAGUCCAAUCAGUGUAAUAUAUUGUUUUUGUGAGAUGGAACCUCACACCACAGCCUCCCCUGUCCCAUGUACAUCAUAUAUAUAAUUUUUUUUAUUAUUUUUUUAUGAAGACCUGCAUUUACGCUAUGCUUGAUACGUCCAGCCGUUUUUGUUUUAUUUGUGUACAGGUACAACACCAGUACCCAAUAAUAGCUAGUUAUUUUCAAUUCAGUCUCCACUUGCAGGAGUUGAGAUCUGAGCUCUUGCACACUUACAGCACCAUUACAUGUAUGGUUUAGAGUGCAGUGCUCACAGCUAUUGAAAGUGUAAUAAAUUGGUUUGAACAGUUAGCGCAUGCUCAGAGUACUUAUCACUUCACUAAGAAGGUCACCAGAAAAAUAAAGAUUUAUAGCUGUUUGGGAAUGUGCAGUGUAUAAGUGGUUGUUAUUAUUAUUAUUAUUGGUAUUUAUAUAGCGCUGGCUUAUUCCACAGCGCUUUACAAGAAGAGGGGAAUUUACCAAACGAGACAAUAACAAACUGUAACCGUAACCAUAUGUAGUUGGGGACCCUGCUCAAAUGAUCUUACAAUCUAGAGGUUAUAAGUAUAUAAUAGGUGGUUGCUUUAUGCUUCACCCUAAUUUGGGUUAGAUGGUUAUUUUUAUAUUGAUUAUGGGGCUAAUAUCCUUAUUUAAAAACAGAGGAUCCAAACAAUUGAUCUGAUGUGUUGAUUAUAUUAAGCUUCUUUCUUUAGUCUAUUACGCUAUAAUGUGGCAAACAUUAUAUUGAAUCAAUAUAUGAUGAGAAUUUAUUUAGGUUCAUAUUUUAAGAGUCUAUAAUAGGCUGCUUGUUAAAGAUCAAAUCGUUUUUCUAUGUAACUAAAUACACAUACAUCAAGUGUUUUUCAAAUAUUUUUUAUAAAUAUGAGGUAAAUAAAAAAG